AGACAAGCUCAGCUAGUUCCAAGCAUUAGAUACCCUUAUUUGCAAAGAUGGAGAACGGGAUGGAUGCUCUCCAUGACUCUGGAGUUCAGAUGAUCCAAUAUCUCCAGAUGAACUACAAGAGUUCCCAAGAUUGGUUCAUGUUUGUUUCAUUUGCCGCUGAUCUCAGAAAUACUUUUUUCAUCUUCUUUCCCAUCUGGUUCCAUCUCUGUGAGGCAGUGGGCAUUAAGCUUAUUUGGGUGGCUGUUAUCGGUGACUGGCUGAAUUUGGUCUUUAAAUGGAUUCUCUUUGGACAAAGGCCAUACUGGUGGGUCCAUGACACAGCUUACUAUGGAAACUCAUCUGCACCAGCUAUUGAACAGUUUCCUGUCACCUGUGAGACUGGUCCAGGAAGCCCUUCAGGUCAUGCCAUGGGCUCAGCUGGUAUUUACUAUGUUAUGGUCACAGCCAUUAUCACAUUAAUGCUGAAGAAGAAGCAAACCUCACUCACAAACCGGUGUGUGUGUGGAGCUCUCUGGGCUGGUUUCUGGGCUGUUCAAGUAUGUGUCUGCCUUUCUAGAAUCUUUCUUGCAGCUCAUUUUCCUCAUCAAGUGGUAGCUGGAGUUAUUUCAGGAAUAGUAGUUGCUGAAGCUUUUCAUCACACACAGUUGAUUUAUAAGGCGAGCCUGAAGAAAUACAUCUACACCACACUCUUCCUGUUCUCCUUUGCCCUGGGCUUCUACUUGCUUCUUAAAGCUGUAGGAGUUGAUCUCCUCUGGACCCUGGAAAAAGCCAAGAGAUGGUGUGCUCGACCGGAGUGGAUACACAUUGACACAACACCCUUUGCUGGUCUUUUAAGAAACCUUGGUAUUUUCCUUGGCCUUGGCCUGGCCCUUAACUCAAAGCUGUAUCAAGAAAGUUGCCGUGGAAAGAAGGGCAGUCAGUUUACUUUCCGCCUCUGCUGCAUUGUUGCCUCUUUGCUUGUUCUUCACCUUUUUGAUUCCUUCAAGCCACCAACCAAAGUGGAGAUGCUUUUCUAUGCCUUGUCCUUCUGUAAAAGUGCUGCUGUGCCUCUUGCCGCUGUAGGAAUUAUUCCUUAUUGUGUUUCUCAAGUUCUUCACCAACAGAACAAGAAAUCACUUUAGUUGGAAUUCUAAUAAUAUUCUUAAAGGACAUGAAUUUUUAUAUUUAGCCUACAUAGCAAGUCUUCUUAGUAGCUAUUGUUCCAAAUUUUCACACAAUCCUAAUUUAAGCAAAAGCAUCUCCUGGAUAUUGUGAGAGCAUUAUACAUAAAAUUCAGUCCACAGGAUGGCUUAAAUUAUCUUAUACCAAAAGUUCUGUGCUGUUGGAUUCAAAUUUUCUAAAGGAGCAGAAUGUCACAGUCUUUUGGAAACUUGGAGAAGGAACUUGGCAGAUGAACGAGGAGUCAGGACUAAGUUAGAUUGCACAAUACUGAAAUGUUCAAAUGUUGCUGUUGUUUAUGGUGCUUCUGAAGAGUGUGGGCACAUCCUGUUGGGAGCUGUUGAAAAGCCACAUUAGCCAUUUGACAGAGACUAUGAUUCACCUAUUGGCAACCAGAGUUAUUUGCAUUAUUCUGAAGGUACAAGGUGUGUCUGGGACACGGGUGAAAAAUUGGUGUUGCCUUGGAGUAGAAAAAAAAUAAUGGUUCCAUUGUUUUGGGAACCGAUACCAAGACUCUAGUUUUUAUUUAAAUGGUGAGGCAAAACUUUGAAUUCAAGCAUGAAAAGUUGUAAAGUCAUCAAUGAGAGGCUGGGAUUUAGUAAUAUUUUAGAUAUAUUUAACAUCUAUUUUUAUAUUUAUUCAUCCAUGUUACCAUUUUUUGGUUUUGUCUUUGCCAUAGAAAUUAUCCAUUUUAUCCCAAAAAUUUCAAGUUGUUGUUUUACUCAAAUUUUUUGAAAAUAGUUUCAUUCAAAUUUUUAAUAAAAUGUUUGAAAAGUUA